AUGGAGGAAUCGCUCUAUUGUUUUUUGCUUGCAAGAUGCAUUGUCGUCCACGCAGAAGAUCUCGUCGACGCAACUGCCGAAUUUGACGGACAUCUCGCCAGCGAAGUUCGAAACUAUGGAGAAAUCAACAGUGACAUUAUCACGUACAUUCAUCGCUACGGAGAUGUCUUCGCCGAGGAGUUGAUGAACAGAGGACGGUCAUUCAAAGAGCGAGUUCAACCCGAGGAAAUCAACGGCGAGAACUUUCAGGAGCGAUUGCAAGAAGAAUGCGAAUUCUUAGAUCAAAUGGCAAUCAACUACGCGCGAAAAAUGAAGAAAGAGGCGUAUCGACGUCUCUGCAAAAAUGCUUUUCAAAGAUCCGUAGAAGCAACGGAGCAAAUUCUACAUGACGAUUCCAUCGAAGCCCCAGCCGAAAAUGCCUCAAUUGAAGAACGAAUCUACAUCAGGCGAGUCCGAAACUCAUCGACCAGCACAGUCGAUCUGACUGUAGAAUGCCACGGAUUACGAGUCAACACUUACGAGCAACUUGAAAUCGAGGAAGGAGGCAAACCAAGUGGACGUCAACGAAGACGAGUUGAUGAUAUUCUUCGAGAUGUGGCGAUUUAUUUCUUCCUCCUUUGUGUCAUUUGUAUCCCUUGCGCUGUGUUUCUCAUUUUGAGGAACCAGUAA